AUGCUGGGCAUGUACGUGCCGGACAGGUUCUCCCUGAAGUCCUCCCGCGUUCAGGACGGCAUGGGGCUCUUCACGGCCCGCCGCGUGAGGAAGGGUGAAAAGUUUGGACCAUUUGCUGGAGAGAAGAGAAUGCCUGAAGAUUUGGAUGAAAAUAUGGAUUACAGGUUGAUGUGGGAGGUUCGGGGGAGUAAGGGAGAAGUCCUGUACAUUUUGGAUGCUACCAACCCGCGACACUCCAACUGGCUUCGCUUUGUUCAUGAGGCACCAUCUCAGGAGCAGAAGAACCUGGCUGCCAUCCAAGAAGGAGAAAACAUUUUCUACUUGGCAAUUGAAGAUAUAGAAACAGAUACAGAGCUUCUGAUUGGCUACCUGGACAGUGACAUGGAGGCUGAUGAAGAAGAACAGCAAAUGACGACAGUGAUCAGUGAGGAGGAAGGUAAAAAUUCUAAAGGACAAUCAACAGCUAGCAGAAAAGAUCGCUUUGGCUGUAAAGAGGACUAUGCCUGUCCCCACUGUGAAUCGAGUUUUACCAGUGAGGAAAUUCUUGCCGAGCAUCUUCAGACAUUGCACCAGAAACCCACAGAGGAGAAAGAAUAUAAGUGCAAGAGCUGUGGGAAGAAAUUCCCAGUUAAGCAGGCUUUGCAAAGACAUGUUCUUCAGUGCUCAGCGAAAAGCAGUCUGAAGGAUUCUUCACGAAGUUUUCAGUGCUCUGUUUGCAAUUCUUCCUUCAGUUCAGCAUCGAGUUUUGAACAGCACCAGGAGGCGUGCCAGGGAGAUGCCAGGUUUGUGUGUAAGGCAGACAGCUGUGGGAAGAGGCUGAAGAGCAAGGAAGCCCUGAGGAGACACCAGGAGAACGUCCACACCGGGGAUCCUAAGAAAAAACUCAUAUGUUCAGUGUGCAAUAAAAAGUGUUCUUCAGCAUCAAGCCUACAGGAACAUAGGAAGAUUCAUGAGAUAUUUGAUUGUCAAGAAUGUAUGAAGAAAUUCAUUUCAGCUAAUCAGCUAAAGCGUCAUAUGAUCACCCACUCAGAAAAACGACCCUAUAAUUGUGAGAUUUGUAAUAAAUCUUUCAAGAGGCUUGACCAAGUGGGUGCCCACAAAGUGAUACACAGUGAAGAUAAACCUUACAAGUGCAAGCUCUGUGGAAAGGGGUUUGCUCACAGAAAUGUUUACAAGAAUCACAAGAAGACCCACUCGGAGGAGAGGCCGUUCCAGUGUGAAGAGUGUAAAGCUCUCUUCCGGACUCCAUUUUCUUUGCAGAGACACCUGCUUAUACAUAACAGUGAGAGGACAUUCAAGUGUCAUCACUGUGAUGCUACCUUUAAAAGAAAGGACACCUUGAAUGUUCAUGUCCAGGUGGUCCAUGAAAGACACAAGAAGUACAGAUGUGAGCUGUGUAAUAAGGCAUUUGUUACACCUUCAGUACUUAGAAGUCAUAAAAAAACGCAUACAGGAGAAAAGGAGAAAAUCUGUCCAUAUUGUGGCCAGAAAUUUGCCAGCAGUGGUACACUGAGAGUUCACAUCCGUAGCCACACAGGUGAGCGUCCCUAUCAGUGCCCUUACUGUGAGAAAGGAUUCAGUAAAAAUGACGGCCUGAAGAUGCACAUUCGUACUCACACCAGGGAGAAGCCGUACAAGUGCUCAGAGUGCGGCAAGGCCUUCAGCCAGAAGCGCGGCCUGGACGAGCACACGAGGACGCAUACCGGGGAGAAGCCUUUCCAGUGCGACGUUUGUGACUUGGCUUUUAGCCUGAAGAAAAUGCUGAUCCGACACAAGAUGACUCAUAAUCCCAAUCGUCCGCUGGCAGAAUGCCAGUUUUGCCAUAAGAAGUUUACAAGGAACGACUACCUCAAAGUGCACGUGGACAACAUCCACGGGGAGGCUGACAGCUAG